AUGCAACUCAAGGCAAUUCAGAAGCUGGAGCUGCCGGCUGCGGCGGACAUGCACGUUCAUUUGCGCCAGGGCGAGAUGAUGGACGUCGUGGUGCCGACGGUUGAGCAAGGAGGAGUUGAUACGGCCUUUGUAUGGCUAAUUCUCAUCGAGGUUCUCGAAUACCAAGGCAAGCUCCGUGCUGCCGCGCCCAAUGUCCAUUUCCUCAUGUCCCUCUACCUUCACCCAUCGGUUACACCAGAGACUAUUGAAAAGGCAGCAGAGGCGGGCAUCACAGGCGUCAAGCUGUAUCCUCAGGGAGCGACCACCAACUCUGAGCAUGGAGUGGCCAACAUCGAGGCAUUCUAUGACACUUUUGCCAGCAUGGAGAAGCAUGAUACUGUGCUCAACCUGCACGGAGAGGUCCUCGAAGCCUUUGCUCCAGAAGGCACAACACUAGAAGAGGCCUUCCUCCCCACUCUCAAGCAGCUCCAUGAGAGAUUCCCAAACCUGCGCAUCGUGCUGGAGCACUGCACUACGGCUGCGGCGGUGGAGGCAGUCAAGGCCUGCGGACCCAACGUUGGAGCGACGAUUACGGCCCAUCACCUCUACCUGACAGAGGCUGAUGCCUGCUGCGACCCUUUUGCAUUCUGCAAGCCCAUCCCCAAGAAGCCCACUGACAGGGACGCUCUGCUCAAGGCUGUCGUCAGCGGCAACCCCAAAUUCUUCUUUGGAAGUGACAGCGCCCCCCAUCCGCUUACUUCCAAGACUACGGCUGCCCAGGGCAAGGCGCCGGCUGGUGUCUUUACACAGCCUUACGUUGCCCAGCUCGUGCUCCUGGCACUGGAAGAAGGUAUUGAGCGCGGUGUCAUCAGCGAAGAGGAUGUAACCCAAGAGAAGCUCGAGGGAUUUCUCAGCAAGUUCGGAAGACGCUUCUACAAGUUGUCCGAAACCUCUGGGAACAAGAUCGUUUUGGAGAGGAAGGGAGAGAAGAUACAAGCUAGCGUCAAGAGUGAGAGCGGAGCUGUAGAAGUUGGCAUCUCGAGAGCAGGCACCGAAGUCUUCAGCCUGACGUGGGUAAAGGCGGCAUGA